GAAAAGAAAGAAUUAUUUAUUUAUUUAUUUUUUUUUAAAAGAGAAAAAAAUGCAAAAAAGAGGAAAAGAACAGAAAAAAUAAAAAUCACAGGCAAUAAUUGGUAUUAAAUGCUCCUCGAUAGUUGCACUCUUUCUGAAUUCCAAGAUCUGUACUCUCUCUCUCUCUGCAUUAUUAAAGAGAAGGAAAGCCUUUUUCCCAAUUCCCAUCUCUGUUUUCUCAUUGGCGCUUUGAAAUAAAAAAAAGGUAAGAGCAGUGCAGAGAGAGAGAGAGAGCAGAAAACGAACCUAUUAGGGUUUCCAUUUCCGAAGAAAAGCUGCAGUCAUUGGUACGGAUAUCUCUCUCUCUCAUUCUCUGUCCAUCUACGGUUUUUUUCUCGUCUCCCGUUUUGAUUUGGUUCUCAGCACAUUUCUCGGGAUUUGAGCUUGCUUUCUUUGGAGUCGUUUGAGGUCGGAAUCGAGGGUUUUGGGUCUGGAUUAGGGUUUUUAACGUGAGGGGUGGCUUGUGUUGUAAUUUUAUUUUUUUUAAUGGUGUUUUGAUGGGGUUGGAGUGUAAUUUCCGUCUGAAAAUGGAGUUUGGAGCUGGAGUAAGGGUUCUACAAAGUCGCUGGUUUGAAUUAGCGUGAUUGGGGGCGUGGGUUUGGAGUUUGAACCCUUGAUGUGUGUGGAGGGUUCUGGUGGUGAUAUUUGAGUAAGGGUGAUUUAAGUGAGGACAGUGGCAAUGGCAGUUUUGGUAAUUUCAGGCAUUUCUUGAGCUGGUUUUUGGCUGUGGAAUUUGGGUGAAUUAUGAUGAAUUAGGAAGUGAGGAAGAAAUGGAAAUGAAUUCCAACACAGGUUUUCACCAUGGGGCGGUUCCGGAUUCCCCGUUUAAUCAUCACGUGAUGAUGUUCCAGUCUGGGGCAAUAAACAGCUCGGCAGGGAUGAUGCUUCCUAUGGGGAGUUCCAGCGGGAUGAACAGCAUGUCUGGAAUGGUCCCAGCUGGGAAUUCUGGUGGGACUUCCACAGGUGGCCAUCUUGUUGAUACGGGGCCGGGGCUGAAGCAUGAUACUGGGCUGGCUGCAGAUUGGUCCACUGAAGAACAGUCCAUAUUGGAGGAAGGACUUGUCAAAUACGCUGAUGAACCAAGUAUCAUGAGGUACAUCAAAAUUGCAGCCACAUUGCGCGAUAAGACUGUACGAGAUGUUGCUUUGAGGUGUCGGUGGAUGACAAGGGACAACGGGAAACGGCGCAAGUCAGGAGAAUAUUACACAGGAAAGAAGAUGAGAGACAGAAAGUUGAUGCUUCUUCAGGAAAAGAUGGUGGAUUCUUCAUCAAUGUCAAGUAUGCCUCAGGCUCCACUGCCAAACAUGGCUGCAUAUUCUUUUAUGAUGCAUCAUUCGAAGCACAGUGAUCGCCUGUCAUAUGAAGUCUCAGCAAUGGAUGGCAGAGCUAGACACCUUUUGGAUGAAAAUGCUCAACUUUUUAGCCAGAUUACAGCCAACCUUGCAACAUUUAAGAUUCGGGAUAACAUUGAUCUCUUCUGUCGUACAAGGAACAAUAUCACAGCCAUCCUGAAUGACAUGAGAGAGAUGCCUGGAAUAAUGAGCCAGAUGCCUCCAUUGCCAGUUUCACUUAAUGAGGAGCUUGCUAACACCUUCCUCCCUAGUACAGCUCAACUAACUUCUCAGACAAUGAUGUUUAUUGCUCCCAGCGGCAUUCAUCUGAAGCAAGAGCCAAGGUGUUGAAAAGUUCCAGAAAAAUGAGGAGGCAUUUCUCACUGUACAAGUACAAAAUUUUCAUCUGUAUAAAAAAACUGUGGAGUUCGCCAGAGCUUCCUUGUGUACAAACAUUACACAGAGGAAUUUGUUGUAAAGAUCCCAUUUUUGGAACCUGAAGAAGGCCAGAUACUGAAGCAGGCACUAAACAAUAAAAGCCUGCCCAUGCCCUGGGCACCCAAGUAGAAUUUCUGGUCAGACAGUUUUGUAAGUUGACGAUCCUUAUUUCAUCCACCUUCAUACCAAAUGGGAUAGCAAAUCUUGGAAAGGAUC